UGGGAGCAGUUUUUUUCUUUGACUUGGUCUUGAUGUGACGCAGAUGUUUCCUCCAUGUUAAACAUUUGGUGAGGACACUGCUAUGAGUCAGUGUGUGGACAGAGAGGAGGGAGCCCCUCCCUAUAAAAAACCCACUCUGUGUGGGGACCUUGACAGCCAGACCAAAGCUCAGAGGAUGCAGCAGCAGAAUCCAAAAUCUCCUGGACCUAAACCUAAGCUUAAAUCUGAAUCUGGACCCAGCUGUGUGUCCAUGAAGAGUGACUGGUCUAUGCAUUCUCCUAUUUACUUUAAAGUUGGAAAAGCUGCUGAAGAAAGAAUUCAGCUGAAGAUUUCAGAUGGCCUUGGUUUUCAGUCUGCCCAGCUGCAUCAAACAGACCUGGACUCCAUAUUUAAGCUGCUGGAGGAGAACAUUGUGACCUUUGUGAAGAAUGAACUGAAGAAGAUCCAGAAGGUUCUGAAUCCAGACCACCCAAAAUUCUUAGAGAGUCAGAAGAAGGCUGAGGAUGUGUUGGACGGUGAGGAUGAAGAGCAGAGUAGGAGCAGCAGAGAUGCAUUUCUGAAGAUUACACUGCACUUCCUGAGGAGAUUGGAGCAGGAGGAGCUGGCUGACUGUCUGCAGAACAGAACUCGUGUUGCAGUAUGCCGCCCCAAAUUCAAGUCCAACUUGGAGAAGAAGUUUCAGUGUGUAUUUGAGGGGAUUGCUAAAGCAGGAAACCCAACCUUUCUGAGUAAGAUGUUCACAGAGAUCUACAUCACCAAUGGAGGGACUUUAAAGGUCAAUGAAGAACAUGAGGUCAGACAGAUUGAAAUAGCAUCCAGGAAACCAAACAGACCAGAAACAGCAAUCAGAUGUGAAGACAUCUUUAAAACCCCACCUGGAAGAGAUGAACCAAUCAGAACAGUGAUGACAAAGGGAGUGGCUGGGAUCGGGAAAACUGUCUUAACACAGAAGUUCACUCUGGACUGGGCUGAAGGCAAAGCCAACCAGGACAUCCAGUUCACAUUUCCAUUCACUUUCAGAGAGCUGAAUGUGCUGGAAGACAAAAAGUACAGCUUAGUGGAACUUGUUCAUCACUUCUUCAGUGAAACCAAAGAAGCAGGGAUCUGCAGCUUUGAAAAAAUCCCGGUUGUGUUCAUCUUUGAUGGUCUGGAUGAGUGUCGACUUCCUCUGGACUUCCACAACACUGAGAUCCUGACUGAUGUUACAGAGUCCACCUCAGUGGGUGUGCUUCUGACAAACCUCAUCAGGGGGAAACUGCUUCCCUCAGCUCGCCUCUGGAUAACCACAAGACCUGCAGCAGCCAAUCAGAUCCCUCCUGUGUGUGUUGACAUGGUGACAGAGAUCAGAGGGUUCACUGACCCACAGAAGGAGGAGUACUUCAGGAAGAGAUACAGAGACAAGAAGCAGGCCAGCAGAAUCAUCUCCCACAUCAAGACGUCAAGAAGCCUCCACAUCAUGUGCCACAUCCCAGUCUUCUGCUGGAUCACUGCUACAGUUCUAGAGAAGUUGUUGAAGACCAUAGGGGGAGGAGAGCUGCCCAAAACCCUGUCUGAGAUGUACAUCCACUUCCUGGUGGUUCAGUCCAAACUGAAGAACAUCAAAUAUCAUGGAAAAUCUGAGAUAGAUCAACACUGGAGUCCAGAGACCAGGAAGAUGAUUGAGUCUCUGGGAAAACUAGCCUUUGAGCAGCUGCAGAAAGGCAACCUGAUCUUUUAUGAAUCAGACCUGACAGAGUGUGGCAUCGAUAUCAGAGCAGCCUCAGUGUACUCAGGAGUGUUCACACAGAUCUUUAAAGAGGAGAGUGGACUGUACCAGGACAAGGUGUUCUGCUUUAUCCAUCUGAGUGUUCAGGAGUUUCUGGCUGCUCUUCAUGUCCAUCUGACAUUCAUCAACUCUGGAGUCAAUCUGCUGUCAGAAGAACAAUCAACAUCAACAUGUUUCUACCAGAGUGCUGUGGACAAGGCCUUAGAGAGUCCAAAUGGACACCUGGACUUGUUCCUCCGCUUUCUCCUGGGUCUUUCACUGCAGCCCAAUCAGAAACACCUACAAGGUCUGAUGACAUAUGCAGGACGUAGCUCACAGACCUGUCAGGAAACAGUCAAGUACAUCAAGAAACGGAUCAGUGAGAAUCUGUCUUCAGAGAGAAGCAUCAAUCUGUUCCAUUGUCUGAAUGAACUGAAUGAUGGUUAUCUAGUGGAGCAGAUCCAACAGUCCCUGAGUUCAGGAAGUCUCUCCACAGAUGAACUGUCUCCUGCUCAAUGGUCAGCUCUGGUCUUCAUCUUACUGUCAUCAGAAAAAGAUCUGGAUGUGUUUGAUCUGAAGAAAUACUCUGCUUCAGAGGAGGCUCUUUUGAGGCUGCUGCCAGUGAUCAAAGCCUCCAACAAAGCUAUACUGAGUGGCUGUAACCUGUCAGAGAGAAGCUGUGAAGCUCUGUCUUCAGUUCUAAGCUCCCAGUCAUCUAGUCUGAGAGAGCUGGACCUGAGUAUCAACAACCUACAGGAUUCAGGAGUGAAACAUCUGUUCUCUGGAUUGGAGAGUCCACACUGCAGACUGGAAACUCUCAGGUUGAGUGGCUGUACAUUGUCAGAGAGAAUAUGUGAAACUCUGCCCUCAGUUCUCAGCUCCCAGUCCUCUAGUCUGAGAGAGCUGGACCUGAGUAACAACGACCUGCAGGAUUUAGGAGUGGAGCUGGUGUCGGCAGGACUGAAGAGUCCACACUGCAGACUGGAAACUCUCAGUCUCUCAGGCUGUAUGAUCUCAGUGGAAGGCUGUACUUCUCUGGCCUCAGCUCUGAGCUCCAACCCCUCCCAUCUGAGGUUGCUGGACCUGAGCUACAAUCAUCCGGGAGAUUCAGGAGUGAAGUUGCUUUCUACUUUACUAGAGGAUCCAAAUUGCAGACUGGACACUCUCAGGGUGGACCAUGGUGGACCGCAGAGACUUAUACCUGGUCUGAGGAAUUAUGUCUGUGAACUGGAACUGGACACAAACACAGUAAACAGAAAACUCAAACUGUCUGACAACAACAGGAAGGUGACAUGUGUGAGAGAAGAUCAGUCAUAUCCUGAUCAUCCAGACAGAUUUUAUGGCUGGGCUCAGCUUCUGUGUAGAAAUGGUCUGACUGGUCGCUGUUACUGGGAGGUCGAGAGGAGAGGAGAGGUUUCUAUAGCAGUGAGUUACAGAGGAAUCGGAAGGAAAGGAGACAGUAACUGGGGGUUUGGAUGGAAUGAUCAUUCCUGGAGUCUGAGGUGCUCUGAUGAUGAUGGUUACUCUGUCUGGCACAAUAAGAGAAACACAUCCAUCACCACCUCCUCUUCUUCUGACAGAGUAGCAGUGUAUGUGGAUGUUCCUGCUGGCUCUCUUUCCUUCUACACAGUCUCCUCUGACUCACUGAUCCACCUCCACACCUUCAACACCACAUUUACUCAACCUCUUUAUCCUGGGUUUAUGGUCUUGUCAGCUGGUUCCUCAGUGUCUCUGUGACCUCUGCAGGACUGAGAGUCUCUCUUGUGGACAGAAACACUGACUGAAGAUCAGCUGCUUGAAUCAAAGUUCAGUGUGUUCACCAUCACACACACUGCACUGUGAAGCAGAUCUGAGCCUCAAACACAAAAACAGUCAUCUGAUUUCAUCUCUGGGAUUAUCAACAUUUGAACUGUUGGACUAAAAACACUUCAUGAUAUGUAACAUCUAAAAAAUAAUCAACUGUUAUUGUUAAAAGCAGUUUAAUGCUGACAGCUAAAUGGUGUAAAAGUUUGUCUCUAUUUCACUGUGUUGGAUUCCAACACGAGACGUACGACAGUCUGCAGCUGCCGUUGUCUGAAAAACAACACAUAUGUUGCAUUCACUUGAAAUAAGCCUCUAAAACUUGACUAAAAUGACGAGACUUUUAGUCGACUAACACUUGACUAACAAAAACGUUUGGCACAAGACUGACAAAAUUAACACUAGUGUGCAGGUUGCGAUAUAUGAAAAAAAAACAGAUGGGGGGUGUUAAGUUAACUGACUUGAACUUGACGUGAAAGUAUAAGCGGAGCGUCUGUUUUAUAUUGUUAUUUAUUCCAUACAUGUGCACGGCCAACACAGUCUCACUCCCUACUCGUCAAAUGUAUGA